AUCAAAUUUGUGGACUGUUUUGUUAUUACUUGUUUUUUCCCAUUUUCUUUAAUAUUAUAAUUAUAAUGGCCAAUUUUGAGGAAAUGGCAAUGUUGUUUGCUGUUAAUAACGUCGAAGAACAUCAAAAUAAUUUCAAUAAUGCGCAUCAUGAAAGACAAACACGAAAUAAGGAAAUGAUUACGGAUCCAUUUAAAUUAACCGAUCGGUUAUUCAUAAAAAACUUUCGACUCACUAAAGAUGUUGUAAAAGAUUUAAUUAUCCUAUUAAGUCCCCAUUUAUCAAAUUCUUUCCGUUCAUCUGCGAUUGAUCUGAAUACUAAAGUAAGGCAUAGCCAUUGAUAGGGAACGGAUUUGAAUGCAAUUACAUUUUUUCUUUAUGUCCAAAAACAUUGCCAAACAUUCCAAGCACAAAGUUAAUUUCAUACAUCAAUGAAUUAAAAAAUGUAACUUAAAUCGUACUUUUAAGGUAUUUUUCUUGUUUUUUAGAGUAUUCAAAUCCAUAAGCAUGCGCAGAAUUUCUGGCAGGGUAGUCAUACAUAAGUAUACAUAAGUACAUAACACAUUAACACACACACACAUAUUAUGUAUAUAUAAUAUUCAUAUUCACACCUAAGUUACAAAAACUAAUUUUGAUGGGGUAACCUCAUUUAACUACAUUUACCAUAGUGAAACAGUAUUUUAUGAUUGACUAUCAAUUAUCAUAAUAAUAAUAUUGAAUAUUGAAGGGGGCCAAAGGAGUUCGCAGAGUAGUCAAGUGCCUACCAUGACUACCCCGUGCGCACGCUUAUGUUCAAAUCCAUUUCCUAGUCAUUAUAUUAUUAUAAUGGGAAUUUUAUUUAAUUUUUUUAUAUAGGUAAUUUUUUAUACUACCUACUAUACUGUAUAUUAUUAAUCAAUUAUGGUUUACCUAUUUUUAAUUUUCAUAUAUUUUUGUAACUUUAAAUUUUUUGGCUACGGGCUCUUACCAAUCGCCUAUUGGUAACAGUAGAUUUAUGGG